UCUCUACAUUUUUUAAUUUCUGUUAAUUCUUAACACCACUCCUGGUCGUCCGAAUUUCAUACUUCUGACACAAAAUGUUGUCAACCUCAUCGUGCGGGACCGUAACAUUUCCCCAGUGGGGGCACGCGCUGGGGCAGUGCGGAAAAAACAUCAAAAGUUCCUACACCAAGUCAAUGAAGUUACAACACCACUGUUUACCUGUCAUUUCUGAUUUGGCGCUGGUGCCAGCGGACGUCAGUUUGCGCCCUUUUUCCCGCGAAAAAUAUUUAAAAAUAGUUUAAAUAAAUUAUUAGAUGAUGAAUUAGUGUUGUGUAAUGAUGGCAAUCAGUCGUUAUAGUGUUCUUUUGUUGAGUGGUGUUUUGGUAUGGGCUCAGUUUUUUGACAUCAGUGAUGCUUACAGUCAAAGAGAAUGCGGCGUGUCCUUGAGGAGGCACACAAGACAACCUAGAGACAGGUCCGCUGGCCAGCUGCGCAUCAUCAGAGGCAGGGAAUCCAAGAGAGGCGCGUGGCCAUGGCAGGUUUCGCUGCAAUUGCUGCAUCCCAACUACGGCCUGAUCGGACACUGGUGCGGCGGAGUGCUUAUACACCCGCUAUGGUUGCUCACCACCGCGCACUGCAUACACAAUGAGCUGUUCAACUUGCCAGUGGCGGCGCUGUGGACCGCGGUCCUUGGGGAGUGGGACCGCGCUGAACAGAAAGGCUCAUUCGUGCCUAUUGAGAAAAUAAUACUGCAUCAUCGCUUCCAUAACUAUCAACAUGAUAUAGCUUUAAUGAAAAUGACAAGAGCGGCUGAUGUUAGUCCUGGAAGCAGGAUCCGUACAAUCUGUUUGCCUUCAUACGAGUCACCUCUAGCUAACUACAGCCCUGAGAAAGGCACAUCAUUCUACGUAAGAUCCAACUCGGAGUACACAAAAAGAAAAUCAGUGAAACGUCCCAAACCGAAUCCAGAUACAGCAUCGAAGUAUUUGGAGAAACUUAACAAUUUGACUAAAAUUAUGUUCCCAGGAUAUUCUAACAAGAAACAUAAGAAUUUGAGAUAUAAUAUACGAGUAUCUAAUAAUUCUAAUAGACAACCAGACAAAAAGAGCGACGAUGAAGACAAUCCUAACAUUGAUAUGAAAAACAGGGAUAUUGUCUACGAUAGAGUAACACUAGAUAGUGUAGUAAAACUAAUACAAACUAACAUCAACGAAGGAGAUACAAAUAAUAACGAAAGAAGUGAUAAAAAGCUAAUGUUCGGUGAAGAAAUAGAUCCAUUUAUUGAAGAGGACAACGGAAUUGACAUGAAAGACGAAUGUUAUACCACUGGAUGGGGUCGAGAUCAAACUAACGGUUCUUUAACAGAUGUGUUAUUAGAAGCAGAGGUACCAGUACUGCCUCUGAACAUUUGUAGAGACAGGUACUCUCUAUCUUUGCCGUUGAAUGAAGGGCACUUGUGUGCAGGGAGUACUGAUGGAAGCACUGGUGCUUGUGUGGGCGACAGCGGUGGUCCCCUUCAGUGUAGAUCGGGUGGGUCGGGCGGCCGCUCCGGAGGUCGAUGGGAGCUACGGGGUCUGACGUCAUUUGGCUCGGGCUGUGCUCGCCGCGGCGUGCCCGACGUCUAUACCAACGUUGCACACUACAUCGCAUGGAUAUAUACGCAUAUAUACGCUAGUUAA